AUGACUCCAAUACAAUUAAAAUCUUCUGAACCUGUUACUCCAAUAGAAUCAAAAACAACAUCUCCAAUUCUAACAUCAACAAAUCCAAUUAAUCAACCAACAACUCCAAUUGAUAUUCCAUCAUCAGAAAUAGCAAUUGGUGAAUAUAUUUUUCAUCGUAUAAUGCAAUCAAAUCCCAAAUUGAAAAGUAUAUUUGCAAUACCUGGAGAUUUUAAUUUAAAUUUAUUAGAACAUGCUUAUUCACCAUCAUUAACUUCAAAAAAUUUAAAAUUAGUAAAUACAUGUAAUGAAUUAAAUGGUGCUUAUGUUGCUGAUGGAUAUUCAAAAGUUAUUGAUGGUUUAAGUGUAUUUAUUUCAACUUUUGGAGUUGGUGAAUUAUCUGCAUUAAAUGGUAUAAGUAAUGCAUUUUCAGAAUAUGGACCAGUUUUACAUAUUGUUGGAUCAACUUCAAUUCAAUCUCAAAUUCAACAAAAUGAAACUAAUGAAGUUUUAAAUACUCAUCAUUUAGUUCCAAAUCAUGAUUGUUUUAAACGUCCUGAUCAUCAUGUUUAUCAAAAAAUGGUUGGUGCUAUUUCAUGUGUUCAAGAAAGUUUAGAUUAUGAUAUGAAUUCCAAUUUAAAAAAAAUUGAUAAUGUUUUAAAAACUAUUAUUCAAGAAAGAAGACCUGGUUAUUUAUUUGUACCAUGUGAUGUACCUGAUUUAUUAAUUGAUUCAAAUAAAUUGUAUAACUCUCCAUUUAGUUCAAAAUCAAAAUAUCAAGGUUCUGAAAAGUCCACAAAAUUAAUGAAAGAUAUUUCUAAUAUUAUAUUAACAAAUCUAUAUGAUUCAUCAAAUCCUUCAGUUUUAGCAGAUGCAUUAUCAACAAGAUUUGGAGCAACAAAACCAUUAAAUGAAUUUAUAAAUAAUUUACCAAAUUCAGUUAAAUUAUUUACAACUAAUUUUUCAAGAAAUGUUGAUGAAUCCAAAUCAAAUUUUAUUGGUGUUUAUAGUGGUAAUGCAUCAUCAGAUAAAACAACUAAAUCAUUAUUUGAAAAUUCAGAUUUUGUUUUAGUAUUAGGAUAUUGGGAUGGUGAAAUGAAUACAGGUGGUCAUUCAUCAAAUUUUAAUAAUGCUAAAACUAAAUGUAUUAUUCAUCCUGAUUAUAUUCAAAUUAAUGAUUCAUUUUAUUUAACUAAACAAUCAGAUGGUGAAAGAUUAUUUACAAUUUCCGAAUUUAUUGAAUUUUUAAAUUCUCAAUUAGAUACAUCACAAUUUAAAACUUCAUCAAAUGAAAUAACUCAUUAUAAAUUUGAACCAAAACAAUAUUCUGAAUCAAAAGAUAAAUAUCCAUAUAUUCCACAAUCUUAUUUAAAUGAUCAUUUUUCAAAAACUUUAAAAGAAAAUGAUAUUUUCAUAGUUGAUACAAUGUCAUUUGCAUUUGGUUUAACUGAUAUUAAAUUCCCAAAAAAUACAAGAUUAAUAACUGGGAUGAAUUAUGGUUCAAUUGGUUAUGCAUUACCAGCAACUUUUGGAGCAACUGUAGCAUUAAAUGAUUUAGGUACUAAUCAAAGAGUUUUAUUAGUACAAGGUGAUGGAGGAGCACAAAUGACAAUUCAAGAAUUAUCAAGUUUUAUGAGAUACAGCUCAAUUUUAAAAAUUCAACCAAAAAUUUAUUUAUUAAAUAAUGAUGGUUAUACUAUUGAAAGAAAAAUAAAUGGAGCAACAAGGCCAUAUAAUGAUAUAUGUGGAAAUUGGAAAUGGUUUAAAUUAUUAGAUGUUUGGGGUGGUGAACAAGGUAAAACUCAUGAUUCAAUAAAAUUAAAUAAUAUUGAAGAAUUUGAUAAAUUUUUUGAUGAUUCUGUCAAUGUUGAAAAUAGAAAUCAUAAAUUACAAUUUUAUGAAGUUAUUGGUGGUAAAUUUGAUGUGUCUUAUAGAGUUGAUAAUAUGAUGACUAAAAAUUGA